CCCUUAAAGAAUAUACUCAGACAGCGGCGGCUAGGGCUUAAGCCCAUGGAGGUGGAUGCGAGCACUGUGGAGGAGUUUGUAGAGUUCAUCGAAGACAUAGAUGGGGCAGAGGGCUGCGAAUUUUACCUUGAUGAUGGUAGAGUGGCGGUACAUGAUGUUCUCCAGGAGUUCUCGGCUGUCUUUAUCAGUGUGAAGCGCUAUGAGCAAGGCAGGGUCAGGUGGAGACGUCUACAGGCAGGGGAAGACGGCCUGAGCAGGUCUACAUAUGUGCCUGGAUCUUCUCAUACUAUUCGGGCAACGAAGGCUCCUACACCGACCCUGCCGAUAACCCUUCAAGCUGCGCCAGUGUCGAGGUUGCUGGAUGUAUACACAAAACAACUGGAGGAUGCAAGGUUUCUUCGCGGGAUGCCGGCGAGGAGGGUGCCAGGCUGCAAAUUGCCUCUUGUGGACAACGGUGCGCAGCCGUAUUUACAUGCGGACUUGGGAGAUUAUUUUACUUUGGUCGGAAGGGACGAGACGAUUCAGCAUCUUAUGGCAGCCGCUGCACGGGUCUUUGCAACUUUUAUGAACACGACGGCCAGUGCCUCGGAUAUUGAACGAAAAGAGUUCAUGUUGAUGGUCAUCGGAUUUCCUGGCGCAGGUAAAACAACUGUCGGGUCAUGCCUUUCAGCUCUCCUCAGAGAAGCGUGGUUGAGGGGCACAGAAACAGGGGCUAUAGAUGCCAUUCUCGAGGACCAGCUUGGUUCUGGUAGGCUUGUCACUCAGUUCAAGGAAAUGGUGAAUAAUGUGUUGGAGACCGGGAAACACCUUCGAAUGUAUCAUUCCCUUGAGACGACAAGGACUGGGGGUGCACUUCUGCUUGAGAACGGCCUGGAAGGCGCACAGGUUUUGGCCCUUCGGUCCUUGCAUGCAGCACUUUGUCCAAUGAAUACGACUGCAUAUGGUGAUUUUCUCAAGGAGUUGGAUGGCAUAUUUCCGGGCCUGAGGAAUGUGCUGGCUUUCGGAGAUGUGGUCGACUUCAUUCGAACUGGUCUUAAGGUUCCUGCCGACAAGCGAAUUUUCCUAUCUUGGUUUUUUGAUGAAGUCAAUAAGGCUCGACCUCAGCGAGGUCGCCCAGCUGCAUCGUCCUGGAUUCAUGAAGCUUUCUCGGCCUACGUUCAACAUAUCAAAGGUAACCGAGGUGGCUUGACGUUUCCUGUACUUACAGCAGCAACGACCCGAUUUUCUGGGGCCACAAUGCGUUACACGUCUACGGAGAAUGCUACGAGUAUUUUUAUCCCUAUCAGGCCUUUGAAAGAGGAGGAAGUGGAACAUAUAACGAAAAUUUUCUUUUCAAGACUAGGAGAUACUCUCGACAUGGAGAAACCAUUUGAGUUGAAGGACGGACUAAGGAAGCUGAUAAAGUUAGCAGGAGGUAAUCCUAGGAUGCUUGAUCACCUGUUGAGAGGGUUGAUGCCCGAGCACCCUCAUCUCGAAGCUUUGAAGUUCUACGAGAAGGUGGAUCAAGAUCUCACCCAAGCCGAUCUGUGCAAAACAAUAACGAAUGCGUGGAAACGUAUUAAGGGCAGUUAUUAUCUUCACUACCUUCAUGACAGCAACUAUUUGUUAGUGCUACGAGCCCUUUAUGUUGCGCUGCUGGGGACCCUUAUCAAUCGGGACGACCUAGUAUGGCCAGGCAUUUACAGUGAUAAGUGGGGAUUUUUAGAGUCUUGCGGUUUAGUUGGACUCUUACGCAACGAGGAGGAGCCGCCUCCCCAUAAGCAGGUAAAAUUAUCGAAACAGGAAGACACAAAGAAUGGAAUGCGCGCUUUUUCCAUCAUGUUCUCUCCACUCCUUAUAUACCAUCUUGUCGAGAACCUACAUGUGGCGGAGCUGCGACAUUUAUGGCCUCCUAUACUGGAUUCUAAUCCCAAGGUUAAGGAGGUAUCAGACCUCAUGUGCAUUGUCUUCAUGAUAUACAUGGGUAAGCUUUUUCAUGAUCGCGAGAAGGACACGGUGUUCGAGUUCACACUCAAAGACAUUCUCCCCUCAAAUUUCCGCGUUCCUGCACGUAUGCAAGCUUUGAAGUUCCGGUUGCCAGCUGGUGCAAGGUUUGGACCUCCGAAACGUCAGCCUCAUCAGAUUCAUGAAGCAGAGGCAUUUCAAGCCUUUUUAAAUGACAACAAGAAGCAAUUCUAUUGGGUUGGUAUUGGCAACCAUGGACCUGAUAGCUUCAUCCAUCUAAAGCUAGUGGUUGUGGAGGAUACGUUGGAUGAUUUUUUUAUAUUUCUUGAGAGUAAGCACAGGGAAUGUUAUGAAGGCCAACAAGCAAGAUGGGAACAAGAUUUUCUGAAGAAAACAUGGAGGAUAGAGCAAUGGAUAGAAGAUGGGGAGUACGCUGUCAUUUUUAUGACAGACCAAGCAUUGCAUAACGUGAUUCGGAAAGUAAAAAAGCAGGAUAAGAUGGUUGUUCCGAAGGUGGAUACAUGCUAUUACGGGUAUCCGCAGCAGAGUCCAUUUGGUUUAUUUAGUGCCGUGAGGCACACAUCAAUGCUAGCAGCUGCAAGUUGGAGUUGGAGAGGAAAACAAACGAGAGAACCUUUUGAUCCAACCUACGAACCUAGUGGUAAUCCACGGGGUGCUGAGCGAAGAACACCACCAAGAACACGCUCUAAAACCCGAGGACAGGUUGGAAGAACACGCUCUAAAACCCCAGGACAGGUUGGAAGAACACGCUCUAAAACCCGAGGACAGGUUGGAAGAACACGCUCUAAAACCCCAGGACAGGUUGGAAGAACACGCUCUAAAACCCGAGGACAGGUUGGAAGAACACGCUCUAAAACCCAAGGACAGGUUGGAAGAACACGCUCUAAAGGUGCCACGAAGCGAAAAAGGUAACCAGGAGGUUUGACAAGCACCAUCAAUGGUUUGCACAAAGUAUUAAUGUGUGCAAUUGUCCUGUAUAGAAAGAGAUAUGUAUCUUAACCUUAAUGGGCGUGAAUAUCUUUUACCAAUACUCACUAUAUCAUUUUUAA